UAGUCAAAAAAUAGAUAUUAAAAACAUGUCUAUCCUUAUUUUUCAAUAAUUAAUUUAUUUAAACUAUUUAUGUUUCAUAAGUUGUAAGGAGAUUUAAAAUAAUAACAAUAAUACCUUUUCAAGUGGCUAUAUAUAAUGACCUCCCAAACGAUCUUUCUUCACACGAGGAGAGAGAAAGAAGGUAUCAAAAACCUUUGAGGUACUGAGGGCAUGAAGACAAUAAGGGUAAUUACUCUUAUAACCCUUCUCUUGUUUCCAGCAAUCCGUAGAGUCUUCUUGCUAUUCUCUUUUGUACUUUCAAGUCUUUCACUCUCUCACCAUCACAGCCUCUUUGUCUCCAAGUUUGUCUCAGCUGUGACAAAGUCUGGUAACUUAGUUUUGUUUUUUGUUUUUAGUUUCAUCAUCAUAGCAAUCUUCUUGUUGGGGAGUUCAAAAACUUCUAGUGAAGAUCAUUUUGAUUCAUUUUCUUAUCUUCCGCCUUUAGUUUGUGAGGUAGAAUCUCAACCAGACAAAGCAAAGGUUGAUGAUUACAAUGAUGACAACGAUGAAUUUGUUCCUCGUUUAGCAUACGUAAAAUAUAAACAAGGAAAAGAAUUUUUACUUGAGUGUUUCGAUAAUGAAGAUGAUAGUCAUGGUUUUCAUGGUUGUGAUGGGCAUGAAGAAGUUAAUGACGAUGAAGGUGGUGACGACGACGACGACGAUGUGAGUAGUGAAAAUGAGGAUUUAAAGAGGAAGGUUGAGGAAUUCAUAGCCAAAAACAACAAGAAAUGGAGGGAGGAGUUGGUCAAUGACAAGUGUCUUUGGAUUGUACCUGCUUAAUAGCAAUUUAUGUUUCCUUGUUGCACCCAGAGAAAAAUUAUUCAGAAAAGUUAUCAGAAUUUGAAACUGGUCAACUAGUUUCAUUCUGAGUAUGACGUACGAGUUUGAAUUUGUAUUAUAGAUUUUAAAAUUUAGGUAGUUUUCUGAGUAUAUAGUGUUUCUGAUUGUGUUGUAAAUUAGUGUGUAUUUCAAAUUAGUGUUUGAACAUGUCCCUUUUUUAUGGACAAUUGUAAGAUUCAAGCUGAGAAGCUUGAGCUAGAAAAUGUAAUCCUUAUAUCACUAGAUAUGUGUAAAUUGCAGUAGUUUAUCUUUGA